AUGACAAAUACGAUUUUUACGUAUCACUCUAAGAAUGAAAAGAUAAAAGAAGCUGAUUCUAUAUUGAUUGUUGGUGGUGGUCCUACUGGUGUUGAACUUGCUGGAGAAAUCGCUGUCGAUUUUCCUCAAAAGAAAGUAACUUUGGUGCACGAUGGAUCCAGACUACUAGAGUUCAUCGGACCAAAAGCGUCUGACAAGACCUUAGAAUGGUUAAAAAACAAGAAUGUGGAAGUGAAAUUGAUGCAAUCUGUCGAUUUGAGUAAUAACACGGACAACUCAGGUGGAAACAGAACAUAUUUCACUUUGUCUGGGGAAACUAUCAGAGCGGAUUGCCAUUUUCUUUGCACGGGAAAGCCACCGGGUUCAGAGUGGUUAAGGGAGACAUAUUUGAAGGAUCGAAUCGAUAAUUUUGGAAGAUUGAAGGUUGAUGAAAAUCUUAGGAUGAAGGGUCACAGAAACAUAUUUGCUGUUGGUGAUAUAACUGAUAUUAAGGAACUUAAACAAGGAUAUUCAGCUCAAAAACAUGCUCUAGUGGCCGCAAAGAACUUGAAACUUUUGAUGAGUGGAGGAAAAGAAAGCAAACUUACAAUAUACGAGCCUCGAUCAUCUCCUAAGAUCAUCGUUUCGUUAGGAAGGCACGAUGCAGUGGCUCAAUUUUCGUUCACAACGAUCAUUGGAUUAGUCCCCGGGAUGAUCAAGUCUAAGGAUUUGUACGUUGGGAAAACGAGGAAGAAAAUGGGGCUUCAACCUAAGUAAUAUAUGAUUGUUUCAUUCAUGAAAUUUAACAUCAUUUUGAGUGUGAGAAAAUCGUAUCAUUUCAUGGCCAAAAUUUGAGUUGUUCAUUUUGCUGAAGACUGUGCAUAGGUGUUCAAUAGCUAAAUAUUUUUUAGUUGUUGUAACUAUAGUUAGUGUAGGAUUUAGCAUUCUUUCUUUAUUUUGGUUGUUAUUUGAGGUUUUUUCUCAAAAUUAUUUGCACCUAUGUAGUUAUAAUUUUUAGUUUACACUUUAUACCGAAUAUAUUGAUAUGAGUUGGGGUGAGAUAGUUGAAAUUUUUCUAUCCUUAAUUAGAAUUUAGGAGCACGAGUCGUAGAAUGAAAAAAAAAUCAUUUCAGGAGCGCCACCCCUUCAAAUGUGCAAAUUUAGUUGGAUUCUAAUGUGGAUAUCAAGCACCGAAUGAGCAAACAACAUAUCCACUAUAAAAAUAUAUCACUACUUCUUGGAGUUUAUUCAACCAUCACGAGUUAUAAUUCUAAUUUGAUUUUCUGUACACAAAAAUCUUACAAAAUGAGUACUCUAACCACUAGUUGAGUCCCAAACAUAUUAACUAAUCGAGUUUGUCAACUUACAAAAGGGGCUUGCACUGGAAACAUGAAAUAAUAUCAGCGGUACACUAAUUGUAAUCGCCCUUCUUUGAUAGUCCCAUCUCAAAGACUUGCCUAUAACAACAGACCUGAAAAUUCACUGUGGACGACAUAAUAGCUUUAGUGGAAA